AUGAAUAUAACUGUCACGUCUGGAAGUCCUACCACUUAUAGCCCUAAAAAUGCAUCUUCUGAGGGUCCCUCGAGUUCUCAGAACUCAUCCGUGGUGGUUCCGAGCAUAUCUACCGGGCCAAAAAACCAACCGGUGCUAGAACUUAAGCCGGCCCAGGAUUCAAAAGGAAAUGAAAGCUCUGGAGAAAUUUACCAUGCUACAGGAACCGAAAGAUACAGUCACAUACAUUUACCAACGGGUAAUGAAAGUUCUGAACGUCCUUCAGAUAGUGAAACAAGAGGCCCUACGCCCACACGCGGCAUCUCAGAGAGACCAAGAGAGUUAACCAACAAGCCUGCCACUCUCGCUGGUUCGCGUGUAUCUAAUGAUGUCACACGCGUGGUUCCUGUGACCUCAAAUGGGUCAACCUCAUGGCGGUCCACCGGCAGUUUGACAACUCACGCUGUUACUCUCAAACCUACUCGAAACUCCAACACCCGGCACAAAGAUCACCAUACCCGAGACAGUAAAGGCCAUACGUGCCCGACGUCACCACCGCAGAAAGACACGCUGGUAGGGCGGUGCUUGGUCGCCAUUGCCGUGCUGACCGCUUUGGCAACCACCUUCCUCAUCAGCACCAUCAUCUUAGCCGUCAAGCAGUCAGGAAACCAGUUCAGGUACAAGUCCGACCUGCUCGUAGGGACCGAAAUGGUCUCCAUUUCCACACUGAUUAACGAUAACGAGCAUCCCUCUGCCGAGAGGCAUAAACAUCCAAAAAGCAAUGGCACUCUGAUCUCCAGUCGAGAGGACAGCGAUGGAGAUGACCUCACACUCAACAGUUACCUGCCAGAUGCCGACUGCGCUUCCUAA